AGUUCACUCCUGGACGCACCCGGAACCAUUGUGAAUAGCAAAAAUGAAGAUUCUGUUUGUGUUUGCCCUGCUGGUAGCAGUGGCAUUUGCCGAAGAGGCGGAGAAGAAGGAUGCAGCGACGGAGGCCAAAGCCGAUGAGACAGAGUCAUCCAAGAAAACAGAAAAACGUGGUAUCCUCGGUCUUGGUUAUGGAUACGGUUAUGACAUCGGUGGAUACGACAUUGGUGGUGGGCAUGGACAGAGUCUUCACUCAUCCGACUACGAUGUAGAUAGCAUCGGUAGUUAUGGAGGUGGUUAUCACGGUGAUCAUCACGUUAAAACCGUGACUGUUGUGAAGAAUGUUGCUGUACCAUAUCCAGUGGAGAAACACAUACCAUAUCCCGUUGAAAAGCACGUGCCUUAUCCAGUUAAAGUACCAGUGCCACAGCCUUAUCCAGUUGAGAAGCAUGUACCGUAUCCAGUAAAGGUAUACGUCAAGGUGCCAGUACACGUGCCCCAACCUUAUCCCGUUGAGAAGAAGGUGCCUUAUCCAGUCCAUGUACCUGUUGAUCGUCCAUAUCCCGUCAAAGUUCUGGUGCCACAGCCCUAUCCCGUUGAGAAGCACGUGCCUUAUCCAGUUAAAGUACCAGUGCCACAGCCCUAUCCAGUUGAGAAGAAGGUGCCUUAUCCAGUAAAGGUACCGGUCCACGUGCCCCAGCCUUAUCCAGUCGAGAAGCUUGUGCCUUAUCCAGUUAAAGUGCCCGUUGACAGGCCAUAUCCUGUUGAAGUACUCAAGCCAUAUCCGGUUCACGUUGAGAAGAAGGUGCCCUAUCCAGUUGACAGACCAGUACCAUAUCCAGUUAAAGUACCUGUUGACAGACCAGUUCCUUAUCCCGUUGAGAAACACAUACCAUACCCAGUCAAGGUGCCUGUACCAGCACCUUAUCCUGUUGAGAAACCCGUCCCAUAUCCCGUUGAAAAGCCCGUACCCUAUGCCGUCAAAGUUCCCGUCGACAGACCAUAUCCCGUUCAUGUGGAGAAGCAUGUUCCUUAUCCAGUAGAAAAACCCGUUCCCUAUCCGGUCAAGGUACCUGUUCCUGUUCCAGUUCAUGUUGAACACCACCAGGAGCAUCCUGUUGAUCAUGGUCAUGGUAGCUACGAGUACGCCGAACCAGCGCAUCAUGGCAGCUACGAGUCAUACGACUAUCAUCACUAGGGAAUAAAACGAUUAUUCAUCCAGUGCGUCUCAACAACAACGAGUUGCCGGUUCAUCUGAAUAACGCGCAUUCACACAACGAUUACCUGAUGAUUUCGUUAUUUAAUUAUUGUAUUAUUCUUUUUAAGAAAACAAGCACUGGAAGCUUGGAUAAUACUCCAAUUCAUCGUACUUAUGGAGUCGAAGGAGACUGGCGGCUCGUUACAAUCAAUGCCGGAAUUUUACAUGACAUUGAUCUGGAAAUUGUAUAAAUGUAGAAAAUUAUCACUGCCUCCUGGAUCUCCCGUAUGGUUACCAAGUUUUUCGGUCCAAUGUCUCAACGGCAGGGAAUCAGCUGACCCGCUGAUCUCCAGAUCAUCAUUUUUUUCGUGGUGAUCCGCCUCUGCUGGACUUCGCUCGAUUAUUAAUGUUAAUAAUAAUUCUGUUAGGCGCUCUAUCCUUUCUAUUUCAUAUCGAUAGACCCAGAAUUGAUGUAUUUUUGUACGAUAACUAUUAAACAAUUUAAAAUUAA